AUGUUCUCUGCCAUCUGGUUUGCUGGAAGGCUGGUUCCUGAUCCCAAUGGCUCAGCCGGAUUGGUGGUUGGUCUGGCCUCCGGGAGCACGCGGCACUAUGCCGUUUACUUCUGGGAGAUUGGCAUGACGCUAGCUAUACUUCCUGAAAACCUCACAGAGCAUGUUCCGCCUUCCCCAGAGGACGGCGGUUUUGAUUUGGUCUUCCCGGCUCCAGAGCCAGAAGCAAUGCUGGACUUUGGUGUUGCGCUAGGUGAAAUCAUCGAAGCCAGAGGAUGGGCAGUAGUGCAACUUUCUCACGCAAACAUGCUGUGUGAGUCAGCCUGUCGAGAGGCGCGGUCUCUGCGCCGUUUCUCAGGUCUGCGACAAGAACUAAUCCCGGACUACCUCGGGCAUGGGGUACGAGGAAAAGUCCAGUUUCUCUCUGGGCAGCGUGGGCGUGACGACCAAGCAAACCUACAGCGGCUUGAUUCUGAUUUCAAUGUGCUGGCACAGGCGGUGGCCGCGAACUCGUGGCACAGCAUGGGCUUCCGUAGCAUCGGGGAGAGGUCUCCAACCCUAUUGUGGGUGCCAUAUGCCACGCGCCGAGAGGAGUUCUCCAUGGAAGGGGACCCACUCAAUGAUGAUGACAUUGAGGAGGGUCACUUGGAGGAGCACCUCCAGUUUCUACGGCGCCGGCGACUAUGCUGCAUGCUCUGGCUCGAAGAAGACGGCGGCGAGAUCAGGCUGACCCCAGGUCCUCGGCGGCCAGAGCGAGCAGUCAGCCUGCCAGUGGGCCGGCGGAAGCUCCUGGUUUUCCGGGGCGAUCGCAUGACGUUUUCCUACAAGCCCUCGGGCAGGUUCGUUGUGCUGCAAAGCUGGGUCCUGGAGCCACCUGCGAAGUUUCAAGUUGGCAAGCUGGAAGGGCACCCUAUGAUGAAGGCAGAGGCCAUGGGUAUCAUGAAUGGGCGACCUCACCCAGAGGGGGACCGAGUGCACAUUAUGAGCGUCAUGUGUCGCCUGCCGGGUGGAGGCAGUGGACCAGACCAGUAUUGGUCCAUGCUGCUGGAUGGCACAGACGGCAUGUUGUCCAUUCCUUCCGGGAGGUGGGAUACUGAUCUGUACUGUACAAAGGAUGCGGAGCAUGAUGAGUAUGGCAAAUGCUACACCAUCCAUGGAGCAUUCGUUGCCAACGAAGAGAUUUUCUCUUUUGACAACGGCUUCUUCGACAUCCCUCACGAAGAAGCGAUGUUCAUGUCUCCCAGUCAGCGCGUUGUCAUGGAAGAUGGAUACACUGUGCUCUAUCGCGGUGGCUACAGUAAGGAAAGCCUGCGCGGGCGCAGCAUCGGCGUCUUUUUGGGUGAUACAGGGUCUGUUAGAAUCUCAGUGGCCCCUUUGCAAGCUUGCAUCACAAGACCACAUGUUGUUCCCAAAAAAGUGGCCGCUAUCGGGCGCCAACAAGAUUUCUGGCAUGGCCAAACUGUCCACUACCAGGAGCAUAGGCGAGCAGUGAUCUUUGCAUUACCCAGAGCCUCAGAUGCCAAGCGGCCGGGCAAUGUGACAGCACAGUAA